CGCUGCGUCAUGUGAUGUGUUCCUUGUCUUUAAAGAAGCGCGGCUGAGGAUCGGGCUGUGUAAUCACCGCGGCAAGGCAAGGCGAGGCAAGAUGGACGCGCUGCUCCUGGCAGCUUUGCUGUUCUCGUCCGUGUUGGCUUGUAAGGCUGCUCCUGAAGGGGACGAGAUCAAAUACCUUCCGGGUCUGCAGAAACAGCCCAGCUUCAAACAGUAUUCCGGCUACCUGACUGUGGCCGACGGCAAGCACCUGCACUACUGGUUUGUAGAGUCUCAGAAGGAGCCGUCAGCUGACCCAGUAGUUCUGUGGCUGAAUGGAGGGCCGGGCUGUAGCUCCCUCGAUGGACUUCUAACAGAACAUGGUCCUUUCCUGAUCCAAGACGACGGGGUAUCUCUGGAGUAUAACCCCUACUCCUGGAGCAAGAUUGCGAACAUGCUGUACCUAGAGUCGCCACCAGGGGUCGGCUUCUCCUACUCUGAUGACCAGAAAUACAGCACCAACGACACAGAGGUCUCUCUAAACAACUACUUGGCUCUGAAGCAGUUCUUCAAGUUUUUCCCGGAGUAUAAGAACAACAAGCUGUUUCUCACAGGAGAGAGUUAUGGUGGAAUCUACAUCCCUACUUUGGCUGAGAGGGUGAUGGAGGAUGACAGCCUUAACCUACAGGGCAUUGCUGUGGGUAAUGGGAUGUCCAGCUAUGAGAUGAAUGAUAACUCGCUGGUUUACUUUGCCUAUUACCAUGGCCUUCUGGGAAGCCGGCUGUGGAGCAACCUGCAAACUUCCUGUUGUAAAGAUGGAAAAUGUGACUUCUUCAACAAUCGUAACCCCAACUGCUCAACCAACCUGGCAGAGGUCCAGUAUCUGGUCUACAGUUCAGGACUUAACAUGUAUAAUCUGUAUGCGCCGUGUCCAGGAGGAGUUGGAAGGAGAGUCAGUGCUGAUGGAGGUCGCUUGGUGAUUACAGACUUGGGAAACCACUUUAUCAACCAUCAGAGGACCCACGCCUGGAAGCAGAUGUAUCUUCUGGCGUCUCGGUCUCAGCGGGUUCAACUGGACCCUCCCUGCACCAACUCAACCCCUUCCACCCUCUACCUCAACAAUCCCUAUGUUAAAGAUGCUCUCCAUGUCAGCCCCAAGGCCCUGGACUGGACCAUAUGCAGUGCGGAGGUCAAUCUGAAAUAUGGGCGACUUUACAUGGACGUCAGAAAGCAGUAUCUCAAACUACUGGGAGCUCUGAAGUACCACAUCCUGGUGUAUAACGGAGACGUGGAUAUGGCCUGUAACUUCAUGGGUGAUGAGUGGUUUGUUGAGUCACUCCACCAGGAGGUAGAGGUGAAGCGCCGUCCAUGGACCUACACAGAUGGAGACAGUCAACAGGUGGGGGGGUUCGUCAAGGAGUUCAGCAACAUUGCCUUUCUCACUGUUAAGGGGUCAGGACACAUGGUCCCAUCAGACAAGCCUGUCGCUGCAUAUGCUAUGUUUUCCCACUUCAUCAAGAGACAACCCUACUGAGCCUGAUGCUCAGGAGUCCACUCACGCCAGCUUAUUCAAAUGACUAAAGUGCCGUUUCCUUGUGACCGCUGUCUUGUCUGUCUCUACGGGUUGGUACAUUGCUACUGAUGUGUUUUUUUUUUUUGGAAGGGGGGGGGUCUAAAAAUUGUCCAGUACCAAAAAACCCCCAAACAAAAAAGUUGCCAGGAAGUGGGCGUCGGGAAGCCUCUUCCUCAUUUAAUCCGAUAUUUGGGUUUGGCUACAGCAACGACUCGACUUCCCCCUCGCGGUCGUUCUGUUAGUCUCGCUUGCUGGUCUCUCUGGCGACACGGUGUCAUCAUAACACGUGGGCGUUUAGCCAGUUGGCUUUUUCCCCUCUAUUUUAACUGCAGCAUGGUUUCCAUAGCAACAGAACCAUUCCCUGGUACUGUUGCACCAACAGUAGGCAGGUCAAGUCUGUGAGGGCUUGGUACUUUUUUGGUUUUGAGUGAGUAAAAGGGAAAAUUGUACAAAGUUUUCUUAGAAAUGUGUUCAACAAUAAAGUCCACUUGAGAUUCCUGACAGCUGGUCUUUUUUUGGAAGCCAGCAAUAAACCAAGAGAGGGCACGACCUGCUUCCCCCAUGUCCUGCUCUAACACAACAUGCCAACUUGUAAUGUGCUGGCAUGGUCUGUACCUGUAUGACUUAAAGGGUGGUCUUGAACCUCCUCCUCCGUGACUGAUAAGGAGAUAAGCCUCCCUCCCGAUAAUAGAAAUGGAGUAAGCAGUGCUUGUAUAUCUGUUUCUGUGAUUCUUGAGAUAAGGGAUACAACACUUCCUACAUCGAGAAGUCGUCUUUGCGUUAAAAAUCAAGAAAUUAAUAAUAAAAGCACUUUAAAAGUUAAACCUGAAGGACCUGUGUAUACUCCUGAAAUUAAUUUCAUGUAUUUGUAAAUCAGAAUGUGUUACCACGCAGGCUCUAUACUCAGAAAGUACAUGUAACCUAACCUGUCCUCAGCAAGAAGUCAGUGUCAAACUGCCAACAAAGGUGUUUAAAAAUGCUACAAAUUCCUAAAUACAAAGAUAAAGUGAAUGGUUAAAGAUGUCACAUGAUACAUAAAGUGGACUUUAUAUUUUCUGUUAUAUAUUGAUACCUGGUCCGUUACUGCCACCUAUAGGCGGACCAGGGUAUUGAUAUUACGGCUGCCUUGGCGUGUCAUGUGACAGUUGAUGUAUAAUAAAACCACCGGCUGUCCUGACGGCACAU